AUGCCAACUGCAAGGGCUCGCAUUGGUGAUUUGAUCUUGGCCGAGGCCGAUGCUUGGGAAACAGUCGAAGGAAAUGUAUAUUUCCCCCCAUCGUCAGUCAAAGACAAAGCUUCUUUUGUACACUCUGACACGAAAACAUUCUGCCCCUGGAAGGGACAUGCGGAGUACUACUCCAUAGAGACUGGAGAUGGCACCAUUCAAGAUGCGGCAUGGUACUACUCGCAGCCUUACGAGAAAGCAUUAAAUAUCAAAGACCACAUCGCUUUUUGUAAGGAGAAUUGA